AUGGGCUUUGGACAAAGAUGGAAGAGUUGGAUUAUGGAGUGUGUAAGCAUGAGUUCUAUGUCAGUGUUGAUAAACGGAUUGCCAUCUAAGCCAUUUAAGAUAGAAAGAGGUUUGCGACAGAGGGAUCCAUUGUCUCCAUUUCUAUUUGUUCUAGUCACUGACGAUCUACAUAGGAUGUUCGGGAAGGCGGCGAGAAAUGGGCGUAUCUCGCCGUUAUUGGUGGAUAGAGAUCAUGUCGAGCUGUCACAUCUUCAGUUUGCAAAUGAUACUGUUUUGUUCUGUCCCCCGGAGGAAGAAACCAUAAAGAAUUACAAGAGACUACUGCGUUGUUUUGAGCUUAUGUCAGGGCUGAUUAUUAAUUUUGAUAAUUCUAGCUUGAUCCCUAUUAAUUGUGAUGUUCAGUGGGUACAGCAUAUGUCUAGAGUGCUGGGCUGUAAGGUAGCCUCCCUUCCAGUGAAAUACUUAGGGAUCCAGCUAGGAGUGAACCCGAGGUUGGUGAGGACUUGGAAGCCCAUUAUAGACAAAGUGGAGCAGAAGCAGAGCAUUUUGGAGGCCAAGGUUCUCAAUAAAGCCAGUAAGCUGGUGCUUAUUAAAUCCGUUUUGAACAGCCUGCUAGUCUAUUAUUUGAGUUUGUAUAAAAUGCAAAAGGCUGUUGCAGAGAAACUGAUCUCCCUACAGAGAAGGUGUUACCUGCAUGGGGGGCCAUGGAAGGAUAUUUGCCAACUACAGUUCAAGGAUCAACAAGUAAGACAGAAGAUUAUUAAUGGGUUGUCUAUGGAGAUUGGCGAUGGGAGAGGAACUCGGUUUCGGGAGGAUGUAUGGCUGCGUGGUGGGACCCAGAAAGAUCUUUUUCCGAGACUCUUCUCAGUUUUAAACCAAAGAGGAUCCGUCAUAGGGGAUUGUGGGUUCUGGGACGGGUUAGAGUGGAAAUGGAACUUCCAAUGGAGGCGACAGCUUUUCCAAUGGGAGUUGGACUUAGUGAACCAGUUGUAUGAAACACUAAGACUGGUGGAAACGCUUCCGGAGGAUAUAGCGAGUUACAGCUUUACUAGGAUAGUUUGGAAGGGUUUAGUCCCACCUAGAGUUGAAUUGUUCAUCUGGUUUGAUGUGCAUGGCUGUCUUUUGUUGGAAGGCUAUGGUCGUGCUCGGGAACGCUAA